ACAUGGAACUAAUCUAGCUUGCAAAGCUCCAUUGAAAAAUCAUAUCAUUUUAGGUUUUCUUUGUUACCGGCAGGUAGAAACACAUAAUUCAAUAAGACUAAAGGUAUACUAGGCAUUAUUAAGAUGCACUCUUAUAUUCGGUAUGCAUAUAAUACGCCAGGCGGUGCUAUUUUAAUGGUUUGCAGCGGUUUAUUUAGACUCCAUGCUAGCUUUUCUUUGCGACAGACGACAUCCUGAAGAACGCGCGCCAAAGCCACAGCCAACGGUGUUAAUCAGUUGUAAACGUUUAUACGUAACUGGUUAAAAUGUUUAAUUGACAGAUUUGUCAGCCGACUUUAUCAUUAGACCGUAUUGAUUAUUUCUAGUUGACGUUAGCACUGCAAGUUACCGCGGUAGAAUUAACUAGGUAAAUUGACGGUUGUAUGAAUGGAGUUUCGCCACAGCGUUACAAUGUAUGUAGCUAGCUGUUCUGAGAGCUAUUUUACCAGACCAUUACGGUAUUUAUGCAACUUCCAUGGCGGACGUUUACGUAACCGUCGUCCACUGUACUCACAUGCCGGUUGGAAACUGGACAAGCUCUACCAUUUAAACGGUUUUUUAAAUUAUUUUAACGCAGUAACAUGGCUGCCCGUGGCUUUGUUUGUGGACUUUUGCCGCUGAUGAGAGGAAGGUUUUGCAGCAGAACGUCUUGUCCCGCACGCUUAGCUGUCCGUGCGUUUUCGUGCACAGCAAAUCGUUCCCAGUUACACAGAGUGGAGGGCACCGGUGCUUUGACUGGGAAAGUGGACCGGUUCGGUGGAGUGACAGUGAACCUGGAUGACGUCGGUUUACCUGCGGACAUCAGCGAAAGUUUAUUCAGCAGAUUACUGCAAGAUUCUUUGGUGCAGUGGAAAGCUGAGGGGAAGGUGGCAGUGUGGCUUCGAGUGCCCAUCUCACUGAGUCGAUGUGCCGCUGCAGCUUCUACCCACGGCUUCACCUUCCACCACGCCAGACACGACCACGCCGUCUUGGCCCUCUGGCUGGGAGAAGGGGAAAGCAGACUGCCGGGGUUUGCAACUCACCAAGUCGGAGUGGCAGGUGCAGUAGUUGAUGAGUCUAACGGAAAAGUUCUUGUCGUCCAAGACCGAAACAAGACAAAGAAUGCUUGGAAGUUCCCCGGGGGUUUGUCUGAUCCAGGAGAAAAUAUUGGUGCCACUGCCGUACGUGAAGUCUUUGAGGAAACCGGUGUUCGCUCUGAGUUCAGAUCUCUGCUCAGCAUCCGGCAGCAGCACAACCACCCCGGCGCCUUUGGCAUGUCGGACAUGUACAUCAUCUGCCGACUCAGCCCGCUCACCUACGACAUCAACUUCUGCACUCAGGAGUGCCUGCGCUGCGAAUGGUUGGACCUCGCCGAGCUGGCCAAGACCAACGAGACCACGCCCAUAACCUCUCGCAUAGCCAGGCUCCUGCUUCGUGGCCUAGAGCGGGGCUUCGACAACAUCGACCUCACCAUGGAGGAGCUGCCUGCCGUUUACUCUGGGAUGUUUUACCAGCUGUACCACAGGCAGCUUCCCCCAGCGCUAAAAUCCUAGCAAGCCAUCAUCAGACUGAUGAGCUUAUAGUGUGUCCUGGCUAGCUAUGUUGACAUACGGUCUGUGUAACUCAUAUUUAAAGUGUAUUUAUGACUGGAGUUAAUGAUUGCAGUGUGUUUCACACACUGUCUGUUACUGUUGAAGAAAUAUGGUGCAAUAGGCUGUGAAUUAAAGCACAUUCACAUUG